UAAAUUACAGUAGAUAAUAGAUAUCGUAAAAACAUAUACAUACGAACACUUUACCAAUAAAACCAGAUAAAUAUCAUUCUUCUAAAACACUACUCAAUGAUUAAUAUCACAAUUAAAUAAAAAUAAUAAUAAAAUAAAGCAUGUUACCUAAUAUAUGAGCAUUCCUUAAUCCUUAUGCAAGUUAUGAAAACACAGAAAAAACAAAGCUCCUGAAACCGGAUAAGGGUAACCGAGUCACAGUCACAGCCCACGUGGCCAGCUCGUGCUUGGACAAAACCUAGAAUCAAGGCCAAAAACCCUAACACUAACCGACGCGUGUCAGUUAUUCACUCAUUCUCCUAAACCCCCCUUUCUCCUCAUUCCUCAAUACAACACUUUCUACCCUUCACAACUCACCCUUUUCUUUUUCUCUCUCUUUCACCCUUUUUUCUGGGUUAUAUUUAUCACAUCAAAAAAAAAAAAAAAAGGGUUAAAUUUGUUUUCUAGGAAAAAUUCUUAUUUUGGGAGAUUGGUUUCUUUAAUUUUCAUCUCAAAUUUUAGUAAAAACAGACGUAUUUAUUCCUUCUUUUAUUUUUUUUUUUACAAGAAAAUAAUGCUAGAUCUUUUCCCUGUUCUAUUAUUUCGCUCUAAAAUCUGGGUUAGAAAACGCAAAAAAUCCCAAGCUUCCCGUUAAAUUUGAUUAAUUUUUUUGUCAGUUAGAUUAAUCUAACAAAUUCCCCUGUAUAAAUUAUAAACCCCUGUAAUUAUAACCAAUUUUUUUUUCAGGUUUUGUGGGUACUUUUUGUCGAUUACCUUUCUGGGUUUGAUUUUGUUGAUUUGUAUAUAAAUCCUCUCAAAAAAACAGAAAAAAAAUCCCAAAAAAAUUAGAAAUUCUAGGUAGUUUGUAAAGUUUCCAAAAUUGGAAGAAUCGAAAAGAUGAGUUUAGGCACAGCAGAAGAAGAAUCCAAGGAAGAAAUCCACAUUCCGGCAGAUAUAAACUGGGAAAUGUUAGAUAAAUCCAAGUUUUUCAUCCUUGGUGCUGGUUUAUUUUCCGGCGUUUCGGCCGCCCUGUACCCUGCCGUAGUCCUGAAGACCCGGCAGCAGGUCGGCCGAUACUCGCAACGAUCCUGCAGUCUUACGACUGCUAUGUGUAUCGUGCGAAGCGAGGGGUUCCGAGCCCUGUAUAGAGGGUUCGGAACCUCUCUAACCGGAACCAUACCCGCGAGGGCGCUCUAUAUGACCGCCCUCGAGGUGACCAAGAGUAGUGUAGGUGCCACUACUCUUGGUCUUGGUUUUGCUGAGCCCACAGCGGCUGCUAUUGCCAAUGCUGCAGCUGGUGUAUCAGCCGCCAUUGCGGCGCAGCUUGUAUGGACACCGGUUGAUGUUGUAAGCCAAAGAUUAAUGGUGCAGAAUAGUAGAGGAAAUCUUAGCAAGAUGAGGUAUGCUAAUGGGGUUGAUGGGUUCAAGCAAAUAAUCAAAUCAGAUGGAUUGAGAGGAUUAUACAGAGGUUUUGGUAUAUCUAUAUUGACUUAUGCACCUUCUAAUGCGGUUUGGUGGGCGUCUUACUCGGUUGCUCAACGCCUCAUUUGGGGUGGUAUUGGGUGCUACUUUUGCAAGAGAGAUGAUCCUAGUGGUGGUGAUGAGGUGACAACCACUUAUAGGCCGGAUUCGAAGGCGGUGAUGGUGGUUCAAGGUGUGAGUGCUGCACUGGCUGGUGGGGCGUCCGCUUUGAUCACAAUGCCUUUGGAUACAAUCAAGACUAGGUUGCAAGUCUUGGAUAGUGAGGAGAAUGGGCGUAGUAGAGGCCCUACGGUGGCUCAAACGGUGCGUAAUUUGGUCCGGGAAGGCGGGUGGACAGCGUGCUAUCGAGGGCUUGGGCCACGGUGCGCCUCCAUGUCGAUGUCGGCCACCACCAUGAUCACUACUUAUGAGUUUCUUAAGAGGUUGUCAGCCAAGAGCCAAGAGGGUGUGACAUAGUUUUAGGUCAAUAACUCUAUACAGGGGGAAAAUAGGAGUAAGAGAUCAAAAUGUAAUAUGCAGAGAACAAGUUUUUCUGUGUCUUUUGUAACCCUAAAUCUCCUUGUUUGAUCCCUUAUUUUGUUAAACUUGACAGGAGAAUUAGGGUUUUAAUGAAUGUAAUCCCUUUCGACUUCACAAAAAUGAAUACGUGUUUUUUUUUUUGACAAUUAAUGUUGCUAAUAUUAUAACA